UUCAAAGAAGCUAGCUACCCCGCCAAAGCUACCUAUCUAUCCUAAACAAACUGUCCCUUGUCUCGUCACAACCCACCUUUCGUCAUAACGGUUUAGAAUAACGUCCCCAUUAUUUUCUAAGUCCCAUCUCUUCCCAAGCCUUAAUUUCAUCAUAUUGGUACUCAAGCAAAAUAACAUUUCGGGUUGGCGUCGCAAGAAAUGGAUCAGAAAGCAGACGAUAUUCUGCGACGACCCCUCUAUGUCUAUGACCUACCCGACCAAGUCCUCAACAGCAUCUCCUUAAAACAAGACGCCGCCGCCGCCGACGUCCUAGAUACGACCAAGGAACCGACCGAAUCUGCAACGCAAUCACAAACGCAAGAUACGACGUCUGGAAACUCGUCACUCGCAGUAGGUUCGCAGUCAUGCUCGCUAUGCGCCCUCUCGUUCGGCACCGUACAAGACCAGCGCAGCCACCUGAAAUCCGACCUGCACCACUACAACCUAAAGCAGAAGCUGCGCGGGCAAAAUUCCGUCUCCGAAGCCGAAUUCGAGAAGCUGAUUGCGGAUCUCGACGAGAGUCUUUCGGGCUCCGACUCGUCCGACUCUGAGGACGAAGACGAGGAUACCGGAGACAAGGAGAGCAAUCUCCUAACAACCCUCUUGAAGAAGCAAGCUACACUUUCGGGAGGAAACUAUAAUAGCGCUACAGGCGACGGCCAAGGAGACGACCAAGAUGGAAAUCCGAGAAAGAAACAAAGGGGCGGCGGCGGCGCGCAGCCUCUGCUAUGGUUUAGCUCACCUCUCCUACCUCAGAAUUCCUAUUUCGGCAUCUACCGCUCCAUAUUCGCGCUGGCAGAAUCCAAGGACGAAAAUACAAUCGUCGAGACGAUCAAGAAGAAGCAACUAGAACCGAUACCCGUGCCCAAAGUAGGACCGGACGGCAACUUCCCACCCUCCGUCUACAAGGGACCGCACAUAUUCCUUUGUAUGAUCGGCGGCGGGCACUUCGCAGCCAUGGUAGUGUCAUUAGCACCGCGACAAGCAAAACAUGGAUCCGUGGGCCCGUUGAAUAGAGAAGCGACAGUGCUCGCGCACAAAACAUUCCAUAGAUACACUACGAGGAGGAAGCAGGGUGGCUCGCAGUCAGCAAACGACAACGCGAAGGGCAAUGCUCAUUCGGCCGGUUCAAGUAUCCGUCGGUACAACGAGCAGGCCCUAACAGACGAAGUCCGAUUGCUUCUGCAGGAGUGGAAGGGGCUUCUUGACACGGCAGAGUUACUAUUUAUUCGGGCGACGGGAUCUACGAACCGAAGAACGCUCUUCGGUCCGUACGAAGGUCAAGUCCUACGAGCCAAUGAUCCGCGCAUACGGGGUUUCCCCUUUAGCACGCGAAGGGCAACUCAAAACGAGUUGAUGCGAUCUUUCAUCGAGCUGACGCGGUUAAAAGUCCGCGAAAUCGAUCCAGCUCAGGUUUCAAAGACGCAGGAGGAAACGUCUACGAAGACGACGUCUAAACCAGCGAAGUCGACCGCGCCUAAGCUAACAGAGGAGGAAGAAACAGCACUAUUACACACAUCGCAGUUGCAGGCUUUCAUACGAAGAUCUAAACUGCCCGCUUUACUAUCAUACCUAAAGAGCAACGACAUAUCCGCCAAUUUCCUCUUUCAGCCAGCAGACUCGCCCCAGAAUUACCAUGCACCGACUCCCUUACACUUAGCAGCGAACCAGAACUCGGCGCCGCUCGUGCUAGGACUACUAGUAAAAGGAGCCGCGGACCCUACGAUCGAGAAUGGCGAAGGCAAGACUGCCUUCGAGCUAGCCGGUGAUCGAUCGACAAGGGACGCCUUCAGGGUAGCGCGCGACGAGCUCGGUGAGAUAAAAUGGGAUUGGGAAGCCGCGCGAGUGCCGCCCGCCAUGAAGAAAGAAGAAGCAGAAAAGCGAGACGAGCGCGAGCGCAAAGAAGACGAGAGGAAAGAAGCAGAACGGCGCAGAGCCGAGGAGCAACGGCUCAAGAACGAAGGGCCCAAAGUUCCUGAUAGCAAUAGCAAGGGACGCGGGAAGAGUCUGCUGGAUAGUGGCACGAAGAAAUCUGCGCAGGAGAAGCGCGAGGAGGAGGUAAGGGGCCUUACUCCCGAGCAGAGGAUGAAGCUCGAUCGGGAACGAAGGGCCCGGGCGGCGGAGGAGAGACUGCGGAGGAUGCAAGCUGGUGGCGGCGGCUAAACCACAUAGGUACCUUACUGCUAGCGUACGGGGGGAGAAUAAAUAGAAACGGACUUUUAAGAUGAGGUCGCAUGGUGAGCUGCAUCGGAUUGAUUGGUCCGGCCAGGUCAAGUGAACGCAACCGCCGAGUACCGAAGCGUGCCUCUUCUCCCGUGGCGGCUGUCUGUUUGUGCCUAAUGUACCUAAUAUAUUAUAUGUGCAGUAGCACAGCGUCGAGCUAGGUAGAUUCUAUUGCUGGUCCGUGGAAAUUAGGACAGGACAUUUUAGAAUAGAACGGGUGGUGGCGAAACGCCCAUAAGCGCCGCCAACUCUAUCUAUGCCGGGCACUCAAUGGAACCCGACUUGGAAGCCUCUUUGUAGCAAAUGGCGUCACGGUGGUGUACAUAUCUCUUACGAUAGGUACCUCCAUGUAAACAGGUACCUGGGUACCUGGGUAAUAUUUACACGAUGGUCUGUUGAUGCACACCUAAGGUCAAGGUAGACUCUAUCAAAAUCAGUAGGUACAUUACCGCGCCAGGGUGGCGGGGGGACAUGAUCUCAGG